AUGGUCGCACUAACCUUGAACUACGUGAUCUGCAUGAUCGUGUUAAACGGCUUUCGCAGGGUUCUUGUGUCACGGGUCCCGGUCCCCGAGCAACCAACUCACAUCCGAGAACGUUGGUUCUUUAUAAACGGUAUAGCAGGCAGCCAGUCUUGGGUGCAAAACAACUUGGAUCAACUCUCCUAUACUUUCGGUCGAAGAGUCACGGGAAUCCACAAUCGCACAUUGGGUAUCAUUUUCGACCUAAUCGAGUGUGUCAUUCAACGUUGUUUUUCAUAUGCGACCGAGGAUAUACGAAUAGCGUACCCACUGGUUAAGGCGGCAUUGCUGGAUCCUGACUGCCACAAAGUAGUCUUGAUACUGCACAGCCAAGGGGGAAUUGAGGGUGGCUUGGUGAUUGACUGGCUCUUGGAUGCACUACCUCAAGACAUUCUUCGCCAACUUGAGGUCUAUACGUUCGCGAACGCGGCUAAUCACUUCAAUAAUCCUCGUCGAACAUGGCAGAUCAAGCCAGAUGGGCUAGACUCCAAUAUAUCUUCGCAAUAUGACUGUUCCAUUGGGCAUAUUGAACAUUAUGCCAAUAUAGCUGACAUGAUUUCAUGCAUUGGCGUUCUGAAUUUUGUCACCAUUCCCAAUCGUUACAUGGGCCGCCUUUUCAUUCGGUCUGGCUCAGGUCAUAUGCUAGACCAACACUAUUUGGACACCAUGUUUACCAUGGGGCCUGACCACAAAGUGCUGGAAAACAACCCCUUCAUGGACAUGGAAGUUGAGACGAAAUCAAAUGGAGCAUCUCAUGAGGCCUGCGAAGAGACCCUGUGCCCGAUUUCGUCCAAAGAGUCCCAACUGGAGUAUCAUCCCACAGUGCUCCGCGUCAAAGACUAUAGUCGUCUUUGGAAAUAUCGAAAUGGACGUGUUCCAUCGGACAAAAUCAAUCAAUUGGUCUGA